GCGUCCGGAACGGCGCGCAGGGGUACCAGCUUCGCGGCUAGUUUUCCCCUCUCUCUCCGUUGGCGUCGUACCGCUGGAGCGACGAGUGGCGGGGAGGGGAGACCGCAGCGAUUGCGCGGCGGUGGCGCCGUUGCCGUGUUCACUUCUGGUGCCUCGACUGCGUUUGACGCCGCCGGCGAGGAGGGGGAAAGCGCCGUCCAUCCGCUCUCGCUGAUCCGCGCUGCGCAGGCGGCGGCUGCCGUGCGGCAGGCAACCGCCGCCUCCAUUGUCCGAGAUGAAUCGACGCCACCGCCCGCGGCCAAUGACGUUGGGCGGGAAGGCGGCGCAAAGCCGCGGCGCGCCUCCCCCCGAGGCUUCCUGGAGGAAGAGGCGGGCGCUGGCCGGCACACCGACUCGUCCACGAGUGUAUGCCGCAGGGGGCAGUCGUCGGUUGGCCGCUUGAGAGUGGCGACGGAGCGGCAUUUCGACUUGUGAUUGCGCACGCGCGCUUUGUAGUUUGUACCGAGAACUCAUUGCCUCCUGAGCUACUGCGUCGCCCAUCAUUCGUCGGUGAUCGACCGUUCGGCUCGGAAGCCCGACGUGUUUUUAUCGUCCCGGAGUCGUCGCCUGUGGUUUCCUUCGUCUACUAUCGCGCACCGUCGAGCAACGCAGUCACGGAGGGUUUACGCCGCAGUCUGCUGUUCGCCGCAUCGCCGCCGGAGAUGGCCGCCGGGGGAACCAAGCCGCAGGGAACGUCCAGUCGCAUCCUACUGGAUAUUCCAUGCAAGGUGUGCCUGGAUCAUUCUUCUGGAAAGCACUACGGCAUCUUCGCCUGUGACGGGUGUGCGGGCUUCUUCAAGCGCUCCAUCCGCCGCAACCGGCAGUACGUGUGCAAAGCCCGGGGAGCGGCGGCCAACGGAUGUCCCGUGGACAAGACGCACCGCAACCAGUGCCGCGCCUGUCGCCUGCGCAAGUGCAUCGAGGCCGGCAUGAACAGGGAAGCUGUUCAGCACGAGCGUGGACCUCGGAACUCGACGCUGCGCCGUCAGGUGGCGCUGUACCUGAAGGAAGGCGGACUGAGGCCCCCGGGAUUCGCGUCUCCGGGUCCCUCCUCCGCGCUGACACCCACCGCAGCCGCCGGGUUCCUGGGCACCGCCGGAGCAGCGGUGGCCGCGGCGGGCGCCGGUAGCCCGUUCGCUGCGUUUCACCCGGCGCUGCUGGGUUCCGCGGGCGUGACACCCGACGCCGCAUGCAGCGCUGCGGCCGUCGCAGCCCUCUACUCGACGCCGGCUCUGAGGCCACUGACAGGAGCGGGACUGUGCCACCCGACGCCGAAGUACCCUCACGAAUUCCUGACCACCCUCCCGGACACCAUCUGCGAGUCUGCGGCGCGGCUGCUCUUCAUGAACGUGAAGUGGAUGAAGACGGUGACCGCGAUCAACUUGCUACCGAUGAAGGAUCAGGUGCUCCUACUGGAAGAAGGAUGGCGGGAGCUGUUUGUGCUGUCGGCGGCGCAGUUCAUGCUUCCCAUUGAAGUGGCGCCGCUUCUUGCCGCAGCCGGUCUUUCCGCGGAGUCGUCGACGUCAGAACGCGUGGCAACCCUCAUGGCGGAGAUACGAAACUUUCAGGACGUCAUCGCCAAGUUUCAGGACAUGCAGGUGGACGCGACGGAGUACACAUGCCUUAAAGCCAUCGCGCUCUUCAAGACCACCUUCCAAGACCAGGCGUCGGAAUCGCACGCCCUGAGAGACGUCGAGGCCGUGGCAGCCAUGCAAGACCAGGCGCAGGCGACUCUGUUCCGCUACAUGCAGGCGACGAACCCGACGAAGAUGGCUCGCUUCGGCAAGCUGUUGCUCUCCCUACCUACCCUCCUCACCGUGUCGCCGGUGGCGAUCGAAGAAGUGUUCUUCCGAAAGGCCAUCGGCGCCGCAUCCAUCCCGAAGCUGCUCGUCGAAAUGUACAGGGGAGGAAGAUUUUGAGCCGGUCAUGGUUUGACCGCAGAGACGGCCGCAGGACUGCGCACCGGCAGGUGGCGCUGCACCUAGUGCAAGGCUGAUCGCGAAUGUGCAAUUGCGGCACUCUUCACGUAGCCCCAUGCUCCUCCGACUUCGGGACACGUGCCGCGGACACGCCGCACGUUCCGGACACAGAACACAGAGUUCUCGUGACAGGCUACGGGAGAUCAUUGACUGACUCGCCCACGCAUCUCCCCAAGAAACUGUCCUUGAGAACACACCACGUAUACGCGCAGCUCGGUGUCGUUUGGCGUGUUUCGCUGAUGUAACCUCUCCAGGACCUUGACUGCUUCAACGUCGCCGAACGCGUUCAAACAGGCCUAUCAAGUUCAUCGACAGCCAGCAGCGCGAGGGACAAGCAAAGUCGGCGUCCAAGGUCCUGCGUACGAAGAGCUGUUCCAGCGAAUGCACACGCGUGUGUGUUCUGUGCUUGCGCGAGGUGCUCCUGUGGACUGCUGCCCGCUGUGUUGAUAACUGUCGACGCAAGCGCCCAGAGACUCGAAAGAAGCCCACCGACAAGGUCUCCAGCAAUCUACGCUAAAGCAAGGCAGCCUAUAGUCAAGGCUUGUGAUGCAUGUGCUGGCUUGACAUCUGUGUACAGAAGACGUUCCUUUACAACGCAGCUAGAGAUGACAAGAAUCGCACUUUACCAGUCGUUGUUUGUAUAAAUAUUUUGUAUUAAAUAUGACAAUAUUAUGAUAAUUGCUUGAGCAUGCUUAAAAUUGUGGAGCGGGCACGGCUUAGAAUGAAUGCGCAUAGGUCAGCACUGGUCACAUGCAAUGUUUCGUGGCCACAGCUCGUGCUGCCUGGCCGGAAUCACGGCCAAGGUGGCUUGUUAUACGCUUGGUUACGUGUUCAGAGCAGAUAACUAUAGCUAUCACCGCACCCUAACUGAGUCUUGCUCAUUGUCUCUCGGUGUCGUCGGCAGCAGAGGAACCGCGCAUGCGUCUUUGAUGUGCGUUCGCGUGCUGAAGACCUAAUCCAUGCAAAAUCACACUUUAAGAAUUGUUUCUUUCAAUCUCAGGUAUAUGAAUAUACAAGGCCGUGGAACUUCUUUAGGCCUCGCAAAUAUUAGCGGGAUACACGUAAGCCUGCGAAACACGGACACGGCAUACAACUUCGUAUAAACACAAUGGUGUGCAAGUCCUUUAUUUCCAGGACCCUAGAUCACAAGAAUGGCAGCCAUGCACGCCAAAAUGAAAUAAAGUAAAACGAAUGGGUUUCUAUUUUUAAGCUGUACAUGUAUAUUUUCGACAGUGUAGAUGAAAAAUUAAUGCGGACCCAUGAUUCUCCCUAUGAGAUACAGGACGGGCGGUUUCUUUUCGCGUAUCUGAAAGAUAUGUAGAAAGGUGCGACGAAUUGGGCGUAUUGGUACUUAUCUGAAGAGACGGCAAAAACAGAAAAAAAAAGACACGGACGGGAAAUUACAGAAGCUGAACGGAUUUCCAGUCUCGGGGAAGGAGGUGUCAGCAUGGCAUCCAUCACGCUGGCAUAUUUGCCCAUGCGCAGAUAACCCCUGGCUCGGACAUCACGUAUAUAUUCUUGAAUCAUUCAGAAUAAAAGCUGUUCGAAGUUCAGCGCUCGCCCUUGUCGUCUCGUCUCAAUCCGUGUCUCUUCUUUUCGCUGCCGCCUUUUCACAUAUAGAAGGGGGAUCAUAAAAUGCACAUUAUAAAUGGCGCAGACUGAAGCUGGGAAAGAUACCAAUUUUGCGCUACGCCAGAGUGCUUUUGCAAGGAAGUUAAACUUCUGCGAGCGAAACAGGCGCAUGCUUUCCAUUAUGUUGGCUGCAUAGACUGCUUUGAUUUGCUCCUUACGGAAUAGUGCGCAGCCGUUAAAUAUACUUCGAAAAGGCUGAAUAAAUGAUCCGUUGUCUCUAGACCAAGCAUUUCUUGCAGAACCGUCGCUUGUGCUGCGUUAAGUGUACCAUUCACAAGAUGUUUUCAGCAAUGAAAAAGCCAGGGAAUGCUGGAAACACGGUGGAAAAAUAAAAGCGUAAAUCGGCCGUAUGCAGUCCAUGGGGGCAAAUUUUCGUACGUAUCCGACCUAUGGAUUUCAGACGUAAUUCUCUGGUUUUAGCAAAAGAGCCUCUGUUCAACUGCUUUACCAUGCAACUGCUAUGCGGCGACAAAGGUACAAAGGAACUCAAUAAUCUUAAAUACAAACUAAAGCAAAUAUAUAACACGGUGAUACAGAGAGGAAGCCAGAGUAUUGUAUGCUCCGAGGGAAAUGACCAAAUAUGCUUUCUCAAGGUUGUGCAAUAGGUUUUAAUUGGUUCGAGUGGAGCAAGCGAGAGAGGUAUACGUAUGUAUAUAUUUAAACAAUAAAGAUCGUUGAAAUAUUUG